AUGUUGAUAAGUAUUGUCAUUAUUCCAGGGCAUACAAGCACUGAACAAGAAAAUGAACAAGAACAAACGGAAGUGGUUUAUACGAGUGAAUCCGACCAGAAUGAGACGCAUAAUGAAGAUUUCGAAAAUAUUUUUCGUACACCAGAAGACGAUUUUGGCGCUAUUCGCUUAAGCGAUAGCGAACAAACCGAUCUACCUUUUCUCCCUGUUGCUGCUCUGACAGGUACAAAUUCAUCAAAGUCGCGCACCAGUGGUAUGUGCUGCACAUGCUUAAACGCCACUGCAGAAUAUAUAUUUAUUCCAUGUGGACAUUUAUGUAUUUGCGAUGAUUGCCAAAAACAAUUGGAAGAUGAGAAAUGUCCACUAUGUCGAGAGACAUACACAAUUUGUAUUCGCGCCAUAACGACUUAAUCGGAAAUGCAUACGUCACCAUACGUGAGAUUUUUUUCCGCAAGCUAUAAAACAGUAUAAGUAAAAAAUAUAUAGAUAUACGCAAGAUUCUUAUAUCGAAACAGACUACUUCAUUCUUUAACGGAAGAUUUUCUUCACUUUGCAAGUGAGAAAUAGAGAGAGAGUGAGAAAGAGGGAGAGAGAGGGAGAGAGAGAGAGAGAGAGAGAGAGAGAAAGAGAGA